AUGGUAGAUGGUACUUCUGUCACUACUCAUUUGAACGAAUUUAAUAUAAUUGUGAAUCAACUGUUAUCUAUUGUGAUUGAUUUUGGGGAUGAAGGUCACUUAAAGAGGAACUACAAAGCACCAAAGGAAAACAAUGACGAUAAAAAUGAUGGAUCCAACGCAAUUACAGAAACUGUCAUUGAUGUGUUGCUUCUGUCUAUUGAUAAUGGUGAGCCAUUAGAUAUUGUUGGCAUUGGGGACAUUAAAUUGAAGAUAGUAAACAAUUUUGUUUGGAAGAUUAAUAAGGUGAAUGAGGAAUAUUUGGAGAAGGUGAAUGAGGAAGAUUUGGAGAAGGCAAAUGUGUUGAUUGAGGAUCCGGUGAAUGAGAAUAUUGAGGAUGUGGUGGAUAAGUUGAAUGAUAAAGACAAGGAUGGGAUUGUGGAGCUGAAGGAUGAGGAUGUGGAUGAGAAGAAGAACGAGGAUGUGGAGGAGAAAAAGAAUGAGGAUGUGAUGGAGAAUGUGGUGAAUGAGGAAGUGGUGUAUGAAAUUGAUGAUGUAGAGAAGGUGGAUGUAAAUAAGGAUGUAGUGGAGAAGAAUGAAGAUAAGAGGAACAAUGAGGAUGGGAUUGAUGAUGUGGAGAAGGUGGAUGUGAAUGAGGAUGUGAUGGAGAAGAAGGAAGACAAGCAGAAGAAUGAGGAUGUGAAUGAGAAGGUGGAGGAUGUGAAUGAUAAAAACAAGGUGGUGAAUGAGAAGAAAAAUGUGAAUGAUAUAGACAAGGAAGACAAACAGAAGUUGGAGGAUGAUGUGUUUGUACAGAAUUUGGGGAAGAAGGAGGACACGUAG